CGUCGAGCCAUGUUGUAGGAAAUCCGCUUGCGGCGGAUUAUUGUAAUCCGACAGCGGUCUGGAGACACAUCGGAUCACGACGGGAAAAAAAGGGAAAGCUGGAGCGGCGGCCUGGAGCUGAUGCGCCUCGUCCGAGAAUAAAGGGAUCAAGUCGGCGAUGAUCCGCCGCGCCGCGCGCCGCAGCUGAAGCCAGAGAUCGGCGCCGCCCGGGCCGCUUCCUGGACCUCCGUCCGCCCCGCGGUGACAGCGGCUCGGCAGCCCUGCAGCAGCGGCAGCGGAGCCCGGUCCGAACCCCCUCCCUCCCUCCGUCCCUCGCCCCUCCGCCCCGGCAGCUCUGCCUCCAGCCCGGCUCCGCUCGGCUCGGCUCGGCUCGGCUCGGCUCGCGCUGCCCGCGCUGAGACGCUCCGCUCCGCUCCGCCGCUCCCAGGCUAGCGCGGCUAGCUGCCCUCGGCUAGCUCGCUAGGCUAGUCCGGAAUUUGUCAAGUUUCCCUCCGGACCUCGGCUCGUCGCCUCCGGCCCGCCGCGGCCAGGAUGUCGGUGAAAGAGACGAACAAGCAGUCGACCGUGGAGCGACCCGUCAAAGCCGUGCCGUACCCCCCCGGGACCCGGCUGGGCGUGGCGGACCUGUACGUGGACGGCCGGCCCAGCGUGGAGCUGCUGAAGGCCCACCUGGUGAAGGAGGGCCGGCUGCAGGAGGAGGCGGCGCUGCGCAUCAUCAACGAGGGCGCCGCCAUCCUGCGCCAGGAGAAGUGCAUGCUGGAGGUGGAGGCCCCCAUCACAGUGUGCGGAGACGUCCACGGCCAGUUCUUCGACCUGAUGAAGCUGUUUGAGGUGGGCGGGUCCCCCAGCAGCACCCGGUACCUCUUCCUGGGAGACUACGUGGACCGAGGCUACUUCAGCAUCGAGUGUGUAUUGUACCUGUGGGCUCUGAAGAUCAACCACCCAAACACCCUGUUCCUGCUCAGAGGAAACCACGAGUGCCGACAUCUCACAGAGUACUUCACCUUCAAACAGGAGUGUAAGAUAAAGUACUCGGAGUGUGUGUACGACGCCUGCAUGGAGGCGUUUGACUGCCUCCCUCUGGCUGCUCUUCUUAACCAGCAGUUCCUCUGCGUCCACGGAGGCCUGAGUCCCGAGAUCACCUGUCUGGACGACAUCCGCAAGCUGGACCGCUUCAAGGAGCCGCCGGCCUUCGGGCCGAUGUGCGACCUGCUGUGGUCGGACCCGGGCGAGGACUACGGCUCGGAGAAGACGCAGGAACACUUCUGCCACAACAGCGUGAGGGGCUGCUCCUACUUCUACAGUUACCCGGCAGUGUGUGACUUCCUGAUGAACAAUAACUUGUUGUCUGUAAUUCGAGCACAUGAAGCUCAGGACGCCGGGUAUCGAAUGUACAGGAAGAGCCAGACGACAGGUUUUCCUUCUUUAAUCACGAUCUUCUCUGCUCCAAACUACCUGGACGUCUACAACAACAAAGCCGCGGUGCUGAAGUAUGAGAACAACGUGAUGAACAUCCGGCAGUUCAACUGCUCCCCUCACCCCUACUGGCUGCCCAACUUCAUGGACGUCUUCACCUGGUCACUGCCCUUCGUCGGAGAGAAAGUGACGGAGAUGCUGGUGAACGUGUUGAACAUCUGCUCUGAUGACGAGCUCAUGUCUGAAGGAGACGACACCGGAGAAGGUGGCGCUCCAGCCGUCAGGAAGGAGGUGAUCAGGAAUAAGAUCCGGGCCAUUGGGAAGAUGGCUCGAGUGUUCUCCGUCCUCAGGGAGGAGAACGAGAGCGUCCUGCAGCUGAAGGGUCUCACCCCGACAGGAACUCUUCCUCUGGGCGUUUUGGCCGGAGGACGGAGAACUCUGCAGAGCGCCACCGUAGAGGCCGAGGAGGCACGAGCCAUCCAAGGAUUCAAACCGCAGCACAAGAUCCAGAGCUUCGAGGAGGCGCGCGGCCUGGACCGCAUCAACGAGCGCAUGCCGCCGCGCCGCGACAGCACGCAGCACGACGCCGCCGCCGCCGCCGCCGCCGCGCCGCCGCUCAACAACCUGCCGCCAGACAAGAACGGAACCAACGCUCAGGCCUGAAGGGGGCGCCGCCGCCGCCGCCGCUGCUGCUCCCUGCUCCUCCCCCUCCUUCCUCCUGCUGCUCCUCCUUCCUGCUUUUCCUUCUGCUGCACCUCCUGCUCCACCUCCUCUUCCUCCCUCCUCCUCCU